AUGACAAGCAACGACCAGCAGCAGAUCUUGGUUACGGGUGCCACGGGGGUGGUGGGACGCUCGGCCAUGCAGUACUACGGCGAGCGGGGGUACCAGGUCAUCGCCGUGUCUCGACGGAAACCGUUGAACACGUACGGCGCGUCGUGGCACUCGCUCGACCUGUCGGACGAAGCGGCGUGCCGGGCCCUGCUGUCGCCGCUGACGGGCAUCGUGCAGAUCGUCUUCGCCGCCCUGCACGAAGAGCCCGACCUGGUGGCCGGGUGGACACAGCCGCAGCAGAUCGACCGCAACGCGCUCAUGCUGCGCAACACGGUCGAAGCCGUGGCGCCGCACGCCCGCGCGCUCCGCAACGUCACCAUCCUCCAGGGCCCCAAGGCGUACGGCGUGCAUGUCCACCCGAUGCGCCACGGCGCGCGCGAGGACCGCGACGAGGACCGCGCCGUGCCCAACUUCUACUGGGCCCAGGAGGACUACCUCAAGGCGCGCCAGCGCGGGGAGAGCUGGAGCUGGAACAUCCUGAGGCCGUCGCUCAUCAUUGGCCUGAGCAUCGGGGGCGCCAUGAACCUCUACGGCGCCAUCGGCGUCUACGCCGCCGUGCUGAAGGAGCGCGGCGACCCGCUCUACUUCCCCGGCCGCAGCAUGGCCGUCUACGAGUGCACCGACGCGGACCUGAUCGCCCAGGCGUGCGAAUGGAUCCUGCACGAGCCCGCGGCCAAGAACCAAACCUACAACUUGACCAACGGCGAGACGUCCAGCCUGAAGGAAGACUGGGCCCUGAUCGCGCAGACCCUGGGCAUGCACCCGGGCGACGAGGACCGACCGUUCUCCUUCACCCGGGACCUGCCCGGCUUCCGCGCCGAGUGGGACCGCAUCCGCGAGAAGUACGCGCUCAAAGCCCCCCCUUUGGACGAGUUCCUGGGCCAGAGCGCACAGUUUGCCGACUUCAUCUUCGCGCGGGCCACCACCCCGCAGACGGCCACCAGUCUGAUGAGUUGCAUCAAGAUCCGUCGCGCGGGCUUUGCCGGCACCGUCUACACUGACGACAUGAUUCGUAAGUGGUUCCGGCGGUAUCAGGACGAGAAGAUCCUCCCGCCUGUGUGA